UGAAGGGGUGUGGAAAGGAAGAGCAGCAGGCUAGUUUCACUGGAUGGUUUCGCGGGGAGCUGUGGCAUUUGAGUCCAGGCGCGCAGUCCACAGCUGUCAAAGGUGUCCACUCCCGUCCGCUGGCCAGCAACCCAGGGCAGAAAAAGAAAGAGAAGGAGAGUGCAAGAGAGGGAGAGAAAGAAGGGGGGAGAAAAGCAGAAGGCUAGACAGGAGAACAAGAGCGGGAAGUGGGUGUGAAGGCAGAGAAAAGGUAUCUUUGAGGGGAGAAAAAAACAAGUUGGAUUUGGACCUCAGGUGCCCUUAAGUGCUGUUUUUGUGCAAUCAUUUUUUCCCAAUUUUCAACAAGCCGUUGACAGCCAUGGCAGAGUUAAGCUUGCAGCUGGAGCCGGUGGCCCUGGGAGAGGUGUCAGACAACGAGGAGGUGGCGCUGGCGCCGUCAGACGAUGAGGACGAGGUGCCGGAGGUGGAAGCGGAGAAGGACGAGAAGGGUGACGGACAGAUGAAUGGGGUGAUGGUGCUGGCUCUGCUGGACAAGAUCAUCGGCGCUGUGGACCAGAUCCAGCAGACCCAGAGCGGGCUGGAGACGAGGCAGCUGGACAUGGAGCGCUCGGUGACCGGCAUCCAGAGCGAGCUGACCAAGCUCUCCAAGAGCCACACCACCACCUCCAACACCGUCAACAAGAUGCUGGAGAAGGUGCGCAAGGUCAGCGUCAACGUCAAGACGGUGCGCACCACCCUGGAGAAGCAGGCCGGCCAGAUCAAGAAGCUGGAGAGCAACGAGAACGAGCUCCUCAAGAGGCGCAACUUCAAAGUCAUGAUAUAUCAGGACGAAGUGAAGCUUCCCUCCAAAGUGUCUGUGUCCAAAACCAUGAAGGUCUCGGAGGCUGUGGACGGCGAGGGCGAGCCAGAGCUGAAGGAGGAGGAUGAGGAGGCUACAGAGAAGAUUAACCUCUCCUCUGACGAGGAGGUGGACAUCGAGGAGACCAUCGAGCCGUCGCGGGCCAAGCGCAUCGAGCUCAUCAAGCGCAGCAGCAUGCAACGGGUGGACAACAUCAAGAAGGCCUUUUCCAAGGAGAAGAUGGAGAAGACCAAACAGAAGACCAAAGAUAACCUGGAAAAGACCCGGCAAAAGACCAAGGACAACCUGGAGAAGACGCGCCUGAAGACCAAGCAGAACUUUGAAAAAUCCAAGCUGAAGACGAAAGAGAGUCUGGAGAAGACCCGGCUGAACAUAGAGAAGAAGAUGGGGAAGCUGGGCACCCGCAUGAGCGUCAACCCCGAGCGCAAAGAGAAGCUCAAGUCCUCCCGAGACAAGGUGAAGAAGUCCUUCACGCCCGACCACGUCGUCUACGCCCGCUCCAUGACGGCCGUCUACAAAGUGCCGCCCUUCACCUUCCACGUGAAGAAGAUCCGGGAUGGGGAGAUGGAGGUUCAGGGCACUGAAAUGGUGGAGGUAGCCGGGGAUGGGGAGGAGGAGUUGGAGGAUGCGGGGGAGGAGGCCGAGAUGCUGACGGAGGACAGCCCCGAGAUGCAGGCGCUGCUGGAGAUGGCCGAGGACUCUGAGCUGGUGCUGGUAGAACAGGACCACGACAGAGACAGCGACUAGUGCAGCC